AUGGUGCUGAGCUUCUUCCAGUGGCAGAUGUUCAAGAUCAAGACGGACGAUGCCUGUCCGUCGUCCUGCGUCUGUGCCAGAGACUCGGGGACGGUGACCUGCCGAGACGGGGAAGACACCGAGGUGCCGAGCGACAUCCCGGAGUGGACGUCCACCUUGAUACUUCAGGGGAGAAACAUCUCAACUUUACAGCGCGGUGCGUUCAUGACCAACAGCUCGGAGUUGGAAAUGACGAAACUGUCGCUGUCCUACAACGGGAUACAGGUUAUUGAGCCUUACGCCUUCGUGGGACUUCCCCGGUUGCACUUGCUGGACCUGAGCCACAACCAGUUGGAGUCUAUCUCAGCCAGGGCUUUCCACGGAUUACCGGAGCUGCGAUCUCUUUUCCUGAACUCCUCCGUUCUGCCCGUGGCCACGGCGCAGCUCUCCAGCGCGCUCAACGCACAAAGUUUGCGCAAUCUCCAUAGACUCGAGUUGGCGGGAAACCAGCUGAAGUCUAUCCCCUUGGUGAGAUUAGACAUGUAUAACCUCCACGUGUUAGUUCUGAUAAAUAACUCAAUAGAGAGCAUCGGGAGGGAAAACGUGAGCAGUUUGUACCAGCAAAGGCACAUACGCGUCUACUUGUCUUUAAACCCGUUUCGGUGCAGCUGUGAACUGGAGGCGUUUUACUACUGGCUCAAGAACUCGUCCCAGUGCCCGGAUGGAGGGCGUCUGCAGUGUAGUGAGCCGGAGGCCAAGAGGGGGAUCCCAGUGGAAAAGCUCCGGGGAGAGGACGUGGAUUGUAUGAACGAGAACCUGGAGGCGGUUUCCUACGUGUUCCUGGGUAUCGUGCUGGCUCUGAUCGGGGUGGUGUUCCUCAUGGUGCUCUACCUCAACCGGGGAGGCAUCAAACGGUGGCUCAACAACAUCAGAGAGGCGUGCAGAGACCAGAUGGAGGUGUACCACUACCGCUACGAGCAGGACUCAGACCCGAGGCUGGCCAACGUGGCUGUUUAA